UUUAUGCAUACAUACUCCAGUGUUGCUUGUGGUAUAUAUUCACUUGGAAAAAAGGAGGAAUAUUGCCUCAAAGAUGGAAAGUGAUAUUUCAAAAACCCUUGAAGAAAUUGGAUGCUGCAAAUUCUGUUGCUUGAGAUUUUCUGGAAUCACUCAGGGUACCAGAUACGAGGAGACAGAUGAGGUGAUCCAAGAAUCGGAAAAGAAGAUGAAAGCUAACCCAUGCACAUCUUGUCUGGACUUUAUGAAAUCUCCUACUUGCCAACACAUCAUUUUAAAGAUAAAGGAAGAGGUGACAGCUGGUGGUUAUGAAUCCAAGACUUUCAACUGCAUGCUGAAGUUACCCCUGUGCUUAGUAGUAAGAGAAAAGGGAAUACUACUAUACCUCAAGGCAAAGCAUCCAAAAUGGAACAAUGAAUGCGAGAAGAAGAUGCCAACAUUGAAAACUAUUUGGAAGUGGAAAUGUGCUCCACAAUUGGCAAAACUCUUGAAUGCAACAUUGGACCGGGAAAAUUCAGGACUUCAAAUCAACCUCAACUUCUCUCAUGAAUCAGAGGAAAAGGAAUUACUUAUUAUAGAGAAACUGAAGCCUGAGUUGGUGGCAGCCAGGAGGGAGAAGAAAAGAAAAUACCAUAGAGUCAUUUUCUCAUCUGCAGCUUUGCAAGAAGUCCUAGAUACCAGUAGUGAAGAUUUGCUGAAGAAGUGUUUACGGGUGCCACCAGACAUCCCUACAGAACCUCUCUCACUGACAGCAAUCACAAUUUCAAGUGCCUCCCUCUUCAUUGCUGGUAAAACUUCUGAAACUGUACAUCCAACAGGGAGGUAUUUGAAGUUGAGUCGCCACCUUCCUCAAACACCAUGGAUGAUAGAUGGUCAACUUAAAGUUGAGAGUUCUGUUCAACAGCUGAUCUCUGAUCCUCUACUGAAAAUUCUCCCUGCAUCUGGUGGAAUUUCUCUUUCUCAGAUCCAGUUUUGGUUGCACUACAGAGAGGAUACAAGUCCUUUGAAGGAAGGAGAGGAGGAAAAGGUGAAGGAAUAUGUUGCAUUGUGUGGAACAGAAAUCCCAAUUGGAGAUGGGGACAUGAAACGAUUGUCAUCCAUUAAGGACCUUGUUCUUCAGCAAAAGACUCCCAUCCGUGUCUUGCACAGGAGGCCUCUGGCUGUGAGAGAAAGGACAGUGUUUUGGAUGAGUGGAGAACUUGUUUCCUCAAAGCUCUUCAAGCUGCAUCUGGGGACUCAGGCUGGAACCUACAUUAAAGAGUUUGUUCAUGGUGACUUCGGUCGUACAGUGCCAAAUCUCAGCUCUCUUCUCAAUGUCCCUGUGGAUAUUUUGGCUUUGGAUGUUACGGCUGUCCAUCUUAACUGGCCAAAGCCACUGGAGGAUGAUGGGACAUCAUGAUAUCCACCUACUUUAUUUGCAUUCCUCAGCCAAGUGAUGAUUUUCCCAAUAAAUGAAACACUUACAUGCUGUGACCCAAUUAAUAAA